AUGUUUGAGGUAUUCACCGGAGAGAUCAGCUUCCUUAACAUUCUCUCGUUAUGCGCCUUCUUCACCACCGUCGGGCUCUUCUUUUGUGGAAUGUAAGUUUUUUCUUGCCUUUUCUACCUUGUUUCAUGUUAUUUUAGAUGUAUUUGAUCGUUCUUAAGGUGAUUUCAUAUGUUUUAGAUGUUUUUUUAUAUUUUUAAAGCAUUUUAGUUAUUUUUACUUUUUUUCACAUUCUUGUUACCUAAAUUUACCUUUUUUCUAAAUUAGUGCUGUUUUAGCCCAAUUUGCCGCCAGAUCUGGAAGCGAAAAGACACAAAUGAGAUUAGUGGAGCUCCCUUCCUGAUGGGCGUUCUGGGAGGAUUCUGCUGGAUGACGUACGGUAUUCUGAAGAACGACGAGACCGUGAAGUACGUGACCAGUGCUCAAGUGGUCUUGUACUCGGUCUACACAGUCUACUACUUCUUCAUGACCAAAAAGAAGUUCUGGAUCAGUAUCCAGAUCACCGCGCUGACUGCCAUCUGUACCGGCCUCUUCUUGUCGCAGCACUUCUUUAAGGAAAGAGUUCUCCAUCCUCUUGGAAUCGUAUGUUUGACGUUGAACAUCGCCGAUUUCGCUGCUCCGUUGGCUGGACUCAAAGUGGUCAUUCGUCGUGGAGCUACCUCGACCCUGCCAUUGCCUUUGUGUAUCGCCAACUUCUUGGUAUCUUCGGAAUGGUUCAUUUAUGGUCUCUUGAAGGGUGACUUCUACCUUAUUGUAAGUUUUCAAAGUUAUAGUGCAAACAAACGCGUUUUCUCGCCAAAAACAAGGUUUUCGUUAAAAUUAAUACCUAAAAUGAUGUCUUGUUUUGUGUUUAUUACCCAAAUCAAGGUGUUUUUGAAACUGUUACCUAAAAUUAAUUUUUCAUUACGUAAAUUACCUUUUGUUUUCGAAACUGACAUCAAAAUAUAUCUUGUUUUCUUGUUUAUUACCUAAAAUACCUUUAAUUUUCAAAAUUGUUACCCAAAGUGUAUUUUUUGAAAUUUUAAACUAUUUUUAUAUUUUCCAGUUCCCCAACGGAGUCGGUUCCUUCUUGGCCUUCUGUCAACUGAUCCUCUUCAUCGUGCUGCCAAGAAAACCAAAGCAACGAGCUCCAAUCGUUAAGCUCUUCUUCUACAUCAAACGCUGUGGAGCUCCAUCAGAAACUGACAUUGAGACCUCGGCCGUUGUCCCACCAGAAAAGGAACCCGACAGCCGACUCAGCAAACGCUGGUCCAAGAGAUUGGCCGCUUCUAUGGCCAGCGUUACCAGUGAGAUCGAAGAAGCCAUGUCCAAGGUGCAGAUGGGAGGCCAGUUCGGAUACUCGGCCAAGCUCAACACUCUGGAAGACAUUCCCAGCGACACUGCCACCUUAGACUCGGCCGUUGUCACUCCUAACAAGGACCCUAAGGAGAUCAAGUUCCCUAUGACCAUCACCAGUGAGGAACAGCUAAUGCAGCUGAGCAAGACCCUGAUGCACAAGCUGAGCGUAUCUGGAGAGCCUCAGACUCAAGUAGAUCGUGCUCCACUUCCAGAACACUUCGGAGAGUCCCACCCUAGUGGUACCAUCUCGGCUUCGUCCAGCAGCUCCAAAUUGGAACGAUGCCGAAGCGAGCCCAGUGUCAACAAAUAA